AUGGCGGAGAUCGAGGUGGUGUCCGAAGGCGGCAGGCGGGACGAGGACGAGGAGCGGCGGCGGCAGGAAGGUGCGGGGGAGCCGCCGGCGGACCCCGUGGUGGACGUGUACUCGGCGGCGGCGUACGGGGACCUGGAGCGGCUCCGCGGCUUCGUCGAGCAGGGGGGAGCCGCCGCCGCCGCCGCGCUCAGGGAGCCCGACGGAAACGGCUACCACGUGCUCCAGUGGGCCGCGCUCAACAACUACCCCCACGUCGCGGUCUACAUCAUCGAGCACGGGGGCGACGUCAAUGCGACGGACCACGCGAGGCAGACGGCGCUGCACUGGGCGGCGGUGCGUGGGUCCACUUCCGUGGCAGACGUGCUGAUGGAGCACGGCGCCAGGGUCGAGGCCGCCGACGUCAAUGGCUACCGGGCAGUCCAUGUUGCAUCUCAGUAUGGCCAAACAUCAUUCUUGCAUCACAUUAUCUCAAAGUACGGUGCAGAUUUUGAUGCUUUGGACAAUGAUGGGAGGAGCGCGCUGCACUGGGCUGCCUACAAAGGAAAUGCAGAUACAAUCAGAUUACUGCUAUUUAUGGAUGCUAAUCAAGUAAGGCAAGACAAAAAUGGUUGUACCGCUUUACACUGGGCUGCUAUAAGAGGGAAUUUGGAGGUUUGCACAGUUCUUGUACAUACUGGUACGAAGGAAGAACUCACACUUAAGGAUAGUGGUGGCUUAACUCCUGUGCAACUUGCAGCAGAAAAAGGUCAUCGGCAUCUUUCCAAUAUCCUUUCUAAUGCUACAAAAGUAAGCUUUGAAGACAAGUUCUUCCCUGGGAAAUCGAGGAAAAUUGGAUACGCCCCUUUCUUGUUUGCUUAUCUUGUCGUCUGCCUCAUCCUUUUCCUAAACUCGAUUGUAUUUGCACCUAAUUUUUCUAGGAUCACUGCUACUGCUGGUCUUUGGUCUUGGGCUGCUGUAUCACUUUUCUUUGCAUCUCAAGUAAUGUUCUACAGAGUUAGCAGAAAAAAUCCUGGCUACAUCAAGGCAAAUUCCAAGCGAUCUGAUCCGAAGGAGCCACUUAUGGAAAUUGAUCUUACCAACUCCUCUACUUGGACAGGCAAUUGGUCUCAGCUAUGCCCUACUUGCAAGAUAAUUCGACCUAUGCGCUCCAAACAUUGUCCAACUUGUAAGCAUUGUGUUGAGCAGUUUGACCAUCACUGCCCAUGGAUAUCAAACUGUGUUGGAAAGCGAAAUAAGUGGGACUUUUUCGUGUUUCUUUGGAUGGGGAUAGCUACAUCCUUCCUGGGUGCUGCUGUUGGAUUCCACAGACUUUGGACAGAGCCCGUUAUACUCUCAUCUUCAGAAUCGUGGAUGCAUUUCAUGGUGACAAAGCAUCCUGGUGCUGUAUUGUUCAUGUUUCUGGAUGUCUUUUUGUUAACUGGAGCUCUGAUUCUGACUGGAGCACAAGCAGUACAGAUAGCACGGAACAUGACAACUAAUGAGGUAGCGAAUCGAUCUCGCUACACAUAUCUUCGAGGGCCUGAUGGGCAUUUCAGAAAUCCUUACAGUCGAGGUAAUCGAAGGAUAGACCAAAAUAACCUUAUGAACAGGUCAUGGUCCCGAGCCGUUGGUCCUUUCUCUUCUCCUGAACCCUAUCGUGACUCCCACCGCACCAAAGCGAUGGCCGGCAGCGGUGGCUUGCCUCCCAGCGAGGAGCCCUUUCCUGUGGAUCCGGGGGGCAUGGAUCUGGGCGGGGGCGACCUGAGUGGCGCCGGCGUGUGCGGCGGGGCUGGCCUGAGCGGUGGCGGCCCAAGCAGGAGCGCCUGCGGCGGCAGCCCGAGCAACGACGCCUGCUGCGGCAGCCCAUGCGCAGCCUGCCGCAGCCUCGGCGGAGGUGCAUGCGCAUCCCCGCAUUGCCCCAGUGGAGGCGCGUGCAAAAGAAUGGAAAAGGAUUCUGGUCCUGAUGAGGAGGGUACGGAGGAUGAGGAGGAUCUUGACUCACAGUCUGGAUCUAAAACUGAGGUUGCUGAUGAGCUAUUGGACACAGACUAUGAGGAAGAUCAUGUCCUAGAUAUAGAACAUGACAAAGAAGACCCUCCAAUGACCACCUUUGGGCAGCAGCUUAUUCAUGGAACCAAUAUAUAUUUGAGAAGCAUUGGUUUGCUAUGGAGAAAGCAAAACCAGCAGCAACUGCAUAUCUUAGGAAUUGGCAUAAGAAGUUGUGGACUAGGAGUCAAUUUUCAACCAAUUCCAAGUCAAAUUUUGGAGCCUGCAACUAGUAAAAAGGAAAAACGCAGCAGCUCAUGUUCCAGAGGCUCAACAAGCCCCGGUGUUGAACAUACAACUAAGAAGAAGGGAAAACGCAGCACCUCGUCUUCUGGAGCUUCAGCAAGCCAAAGUGUUGAAGAAGGAAAACGCAGCACCUCAUCUUCUGCAGGCUCAACAAGGUCAAAAAAAGGGUCCAAUGAACUUGAGCCCAUGAGCAUAGAUGGUGAUCACACUAACUCAGCUGCAGGACAUGCAUCCAAGACAACUAAGGCAAAACCAAAGGUCAAGUCCAAACCAAAGGCAAAGGGGAAAAUAAAGAAUGACAUGCAAAAAAUUCCCAUGAAAUCACUUGACAGCCCUGCAAUGGGCACAAGAAGCAAAAGCAAAAUGGUUGUCCCUCCUAGCCCGGCAAUGAGCACUAGGAGCAAAAGAAGGCUCAGUCUGUGA